UUAGUUCAAGUUCGUUGUUUUGUAGCUUACAACAUCUGACCUAACGUUUGAGGGAUAGGUCGAGCUAUCAAGAAAUGUACUUUUCAUUUGUUUUUUGUUGUUUUCAUUCUGUACCGUUUAUCCAUUUCGUCGUGCUACUACUUUUAGGAAGUAUCAGAAAAACGGCAUCCAGAAAAACUGCUCCGUUGAAUCUGCAGUCUAAUUAUUCCUGGGAAACUUAUGAAACACGAACGGAAGUUCACGAACUGCGAGCAUGCUUGUUUAUCGAGAGAAAUGUCGCCGGCCACACCUAUUAUGGAUACGAAAAAGCGGCAGCGGCCAUGGAUUUUGCGCUGGACUACGCCAAUGAGCUUAUUAUGCCGAAAAAGAUCAAACUCACGAUGAAGCAUAUCGAUAUUGGGACCGAAUGCAAGGAAAGGAAUCAUUUAGCUGCUUUGAUGUUGAAAAUGAUUGAUACCGGCUAUGUGUGCAAUGUUAUUAUUGGACCAGGAUGUGGAUAUGGAGCAGAAAGUCUAUAUGACGUAACAAAUUUUUACAAGAUACCAAUGAUUGGAUGCCCGGCCGCUAGUGUGGGGACACAAGGACCAAUCGAGGAGUAUACGUACAUCACACGUAUAUCGUUUACACACAUAAACACCGCGCACAUUCUUAUUCGCUUCUUUCGCGAGCACAACUAUACAUCUAUUAUGUUCCUGCAAGACCAAACUGUGAUGAUGUUUAAACAUCUCAGUAUCGUUAUUCGGACGGUGUUUGCGAACGAAGAAUUUGACAUUUUCAUGCGGUCCGACUGGAAGCCAAUAAAUAACAGCGAGUGGAGUGACACCCGCGUGCAAGAAUAUCUCACAAGUGCAGCUCCCAGAUCCAGAGUAUUCGUGCUCAUUGCUCACUCUAAAGUGGUGCGACGCUUUUUGGUAAGUGGAAUCCGAAAGCUCAUGGCGCAUAAGAUGGGGCUAACCAAUGGAGAAUACCUAUUCAUCGCGGUGGAGCUCUGGCAAAAUGUUUACUGGGGAGAUUAUUCGAACUACACUCGAAGUGAUGGAAACGAUGCAAUAGCCAGGAAAGCAUACCAAGUCUUGCUUUUAAUAACGUUGCACAAUCGUAAUGACCGAGAAUAUGCCAAUUUUGCACGAAGAGUUAAAGAGGUAUCCAUUAAGAAAGGAUAUUACAAUUACACAGAAAGCGAAGAGGUUGACGUUUUAGUCAGCCACUUUUACGAUUCUAUUAUCUAUUAUGCUUCACUGAUUGCCAAUCUUGUCCGACUGGGAAAGGAUUAUACGGAUGCCGAUCAAAUGUUUAAUUUAAUUUUGCAUAACUACAGCUUUACAAGUCCCAUUAAUGGUCAUGUAUUUUUGGACGACAACGGAGAUCGGACAAGUGAAUAUGUUAUAAGGAAUUUCGAUUACAACCAGGGAAAGUUUGAGGAUUUGUGGCAUUAUCCAGCCGGUUAUACAAUUCCCAGUAGUCAGCUGGGAACGUUAAACUGGCCUAAAGGAAAAAUUCUACCGCCUAAUCGUCCACGAUGCGGAUACCUCGGAGACGACUCAAAAUGUGCGCCAGAGAAAAUAACACCGGGACAAAUUGCCGCCGCAGUAGUAGUUCCUUUAAUUGUGCUAACAAUCCUGAUCACCAUCGGAACAAUUGUCCUUCAAAGAAUUUACGCGAGCACGAUAGAUCCGUUUUGGUGGAGAGUGUUUGUGUCCGAACUGAGCUUCACCAGCGGAGCUACUAGGACACAGACCAGCGGUUCUGCAUUCCAGUCGACCAUUACCAAAAGCCACGCGUCGGGCAUGAAUAACGACAGUAAAGUUGAAGAUGCGGAACCUGUACGACGCGGGCCGGAUCCGCAGGCAUAUCGCCAAGAGGCUCUUCUCGCAGGAAAUACGGUAGAGCUGCGCCAGUUGGAUAAACCGCUUCUAAAAGGCAGUCCUAAUCUCCGACCAUACUUCGAUGCGAUUAAGCGCCUUGACCACCGCAACCUGCAGAAGUUUUUUGCAAUCGCCGUCAAUGACGAACAUCUCUGUGAAUACUUUGUGGGUGAACCUUGCACAAAAGGGAGUUUAAACCAGCUGCUGGAGAAUGCCAAAUUUAAUUUGGACUGGAACUUCAAGCAUUCCCUAAUCAAAGACAUGGCCAGCGGAAUGACAUACAUUCAUGCAAGUGCCCUACAGUCUCAUGGAAAUCUCAAUGCCCACACAUGCCGCAUUGAUAGCAGUUUCAUCCUAAAAAUUGCUGACUAUGGACUGGGAAUGAUGCGCAACGCUGAAGAUUUACGUGCCGUAUCGGAAGUCGAUAUGGAGAGAGAUUUUGAUAUGCUGUUAUGGCGUGCACCAGAAUUACUACGGGUUCGUAUGCCACCGGAAGGGACACAGAAAGGGGACGUCUACAGCUUCGCAAUCGUAUUACAACAAGUAAUUUUACGGAGCCCGCCAUAUCGAAACAAUAACAUUCCUAAAUCUGGAGGCGAUGAUUUCUCUUCUCGUGAUAUUAUUAUGGAGGUGAAACGAGGCUCUAAUCCUCCACUGCGGCCUCGUGUACCGACAUCCUCUUGUCCAACAGCGCUGCUGGACAUCCUAGAACGGUGCUGGGAUGAAAUGCCGUCGGUGCGACCAGCCUUCCAACGUCUUCGAGAAAGCUUCUCGCAGUUAUUUGGUCAUUCUGGUGACAGCAUUGUUGAACAUCUGAUAAACAUGAUGGAAAGAGAAGCAGCCAGUUUGGAGCAAGAAGCCGAAGAAAAAAUGCAUCUGCUGCUGGAGGAAAAGCGUCGCUCCGAUGACAUAAUCGAGAAAUAAGGCAAACAAAUUGCAGUAAAGGUUUCUUUUUAUAGAACGAUUGCACAAGCCUUGACUCAAGGGAAACAAAUUCUGCCGGAAACUUUUGCCAGUACAACAGUUCAUUUUAGUGAUAUCGAAGGAUUUCCUGAAUUGAUAACACAAGCCGAAACACCAGCGGAUACCGUAUAUAUCUUGAAUACCCUUUACGCCACUUGCGAUGCCAUUAUCGAAAAAUUUGACGUUUACAAAGUGGAAACCGUCAAAGAUGCCUAUCUGGUUGUAAGCGGUUUGCCAAUUCGCAAUGGAAUCAAACAUGCCGGUGAAAUUGCCACCAUGGCGCUUUUCCUGAAACGUGAUAUCGGCUUUUUGACAUUCCGCAACAGCACUUCCUCGACCCCAAAACUUCGCCUACGCGUUGGACUGCACUCUGGAUCGUGUGUCGCUGCCAUAAUUGGAACCAAAAUGCCAAGAUACUGCCUGUUCGGCGAUACGGUCAACACUUCCAGCCGAAUGGAAUCUCACGGAGAACCGGGGAAGAUCCAAUGUAGCGAAAACACAAAGGAACUCUUGGACAAAAUUGGAGGCUUCGUAGUUUUACCACGCGGAGAAAUCAAUGUGAAAGGAAAAGGACCAAUGAACACUUAUUGGGUAAUCGCGAAAGACUAAAUCUCUGGAUGACAGCGCGUGGUAUAAAAGGUCAUUCAAGAACGACUUUUAUCGAUGGGAUUGGAAAGUUUUAACCAAUCACAACUUCGCAAAUGCAACGCGAUGCAGUCAGUCGAUUAUUAUUGUCCUUAUUUUCCGCUGUAAAGACGCUUACAAUAUUCGUCGUUAGCAAGGCAAAAGUGUAAACUGUUACCUCAACCGCUUUAUGCAAGCCGGUUUUGUUUUGGAAAGCAAUGUUACCCACUAAUCCAUGACACCCUGUGUCCGCAGAUC